AUGAGUUUUCUUGGAGAGAUUGUUGAAGUGCUUGGAGAGGGGAGCGCUGAAGCUGGAGCCAGAGAAGGAGUCGAAGUUGCAGCUAAGGAAGGCGCCGAAGUAGGCGUUGCUGAGGGCGCGAGCUCUGCCAGCCAAGUGAUCGACGAAGUAAUCAUCGAUGGAGCGCAAGGAGCGGGUAAGGAAGUCGAAGGAGGCGGCGCCAUACAGCAAGAAGCACAAGAGGCUAUGGAGGCAAGCCAGAAGGAGAUGAAAGACGUCGUAGAGAAGCUUGAAAAGGGCGAGCCCGGAGCACUUGAAGAAGCCAAUGCAAUCGAAAGUUCAUGGAAAACCAAAUUCAAAAACGUGUGGGCUGGAGCAAAGACAUUCGGAGGUUUUGUAGGCGUGGAGCUUGCUAAAGGAGCACUCUUCACUGCGGGUAUGAAAGCGCUCGAGCUCGUCUUUACGAAAUUGACGCAUCCAAGCGUUGCUAAUGUAGCGGGAGGACCUGGAGCUCCCGCCACCCCGGUCGACGACCGUCGAUUGAAGAUCAUCCAGGUUAUCAACAAAUCCGGUCAAAUUCUCCAGGAAGCUUUGGACACUUGGUCAAAAUGGCAAGCAGCCCACUACGACAAUCGUGAUUCCUAUGGCACCAUCUCCGCUGCAGGAUUUGAUCUAUCAAUCUUUCAGAUACUCCAGAAUGGUAUCUCUUCCCUUGGCGACCAGCGGGACAAGCUCGUGCCGUUGGUGAGCAAGGCCAAACAGGACAACAGUCUCGAAGCCGUCAAGACGCUUUUGACGGCUGACAUCGCUUAUGCAAAGGCUGUGGCCGACCUGAACAGCCAUAUCAGCUCUAACAUGAAGACCAUGACGGAUGACGGAUUGCCUACUAGGUCGACGGAAGUUCAGGCUGCUUACUCAACUUUGGUCGCAGCCAGCGCAUAA